GCUAAUUUUUAGUCAACGGCGAAGCUAAAAUUAACAAUUGGCUGUCAAAAGCAAGAAAAGAAAAACUCGGGAAAUUGUUAAUUAAAAGCGUGACCCACAUCAGCCCACUAAGCCCCCAACGCAGCGAUGACGUGGAAGAAGCAGCUGGCUGUGCUGGCCAAGCCCUACUAUUGGGUAAACAUCCUGCUGGCCAUUUCAUAUCUCCUAUCCAAGAAGACACAGUUCAUCUGCACGCGCCUCUUUAAUCUCGCAGGAGAGGAUGAGGAGUGCGAUUUGGACAGUCGCGAGGUGGAGAUUUUGUUCUUCCUGCUGAUCGUUGUGAUGAUACGUUCACGCAAAACAGGCAGCGUAACCAUGAUCAACUAUUUGGCCUCGUCGUUCUUGUACACAAAGGUGGCCAAUGCCAUUUUGUGGGCCUACGCGGAUUUUCGCUACGGACUCGGCUUCCUGCUACUGUGCGUUCUCGUGGGCAUGGUGCUGCCGGAGCCAUCUUACCGUGGACCUGAACACAUCACCUACUUCCGCAACGCACAGGUCUUUGAGGAGGAGUUGGCCCGGGAAAAGCGGACCAGCUGGCUUAUCUGCUUCUAUACUGUGUGGAAUCCCAGCUGUGUGAACUUUGCCCCAGUCUUUGCUGAGCUAUCCGCAGAGUACAACACAGACUACCUGAAGUUCGGCAAGAUCGACAUCGGACGCUUUCCAGAUGUGGCCCAGAAGUACCGCAUUUGUGACAGCAGCUUCUCCCGCCAGUUGCCCACUGUGAUUCUGUUCCAACAGGGCAAGGAGACAGACCGCAGACCCUGCGUUGACUCUAAAGGCAAGCUGCAGAAGUUUUUCUUCUCUGGCGACAAUGUUCGCGCUAGCUUCGGUCUCAACCAGCUGUACAAGGAGGCCGUGGAGCGACUGCCCAUCGCGCCAAAGGAGACCAAGAAGGCUCAGUAGAGUGGCUGACUGCCCUCCCCACCCAAGACAUCUCAUUUCUGCGUGCACGUGUUAAUAUUUGUUAUUUGUUUAGUUUUUAGUUUAUUUUAACUUAUUGAGGUGCGACAGCAACCUUAACUGCCACCGCCGGAGACACGUACAAUUGCAUUAAUAGUUGCAACAAAUUCUAAACUUAAACGUGCACUCGUCACGUUGCCAUUGUAGAGAUUAUAUGAGUGGCUUGCAUUUGCCUAUUUAAUUUGUAGCUAAUCAUCAAGUACCAAAUAUAUUUAAAAUUGUGGAAUGAGUCAACGAA